AUGCCAGCCUCAAACUCCAGUCUUCGACCUACUUCAGCCGCUGAGUCUGCUCAUUUCAUCCAGUUCAAUCCAGAAUCCGUCCCAACCCCAGAAUUCAGUAAAAGGCCUGUACGAGAACUCCAUCCAGACCAGAGUCCAGAGUCAGCUUCAGCCCUUGAGUACCUUCCAGUGCCUGUUCCACGUAAGCACUUUGCUGUGCCUGCUCCUCGAGAGCACAAUCCCAAUUCCGAGUCCAGCCCACAGAGGGCUCCAGUACCUCAGUUUAGCCCCGAGGAGAAUCCAGUUCUUAAGUUUACCCCCAAGAGAGCUGCAAUUCCCAAUCCCAGAGAAUCCAGUUCUCAAGCAGCAUCAGAAUCCUAUGAUUAUGAUAUGCUUGAUGAUAUGGCUGUCAUUGACAGAUGCCGUCUGCCACGAGGAGAAAUAGUCCAACUGCUCAAUGUCAUUGGGCCUCAGCUGAUGCAUGCUACAAGGAGGAAUUUUGCCUUGUCCCCUGAUGUGCAACUCGUAGCUGCUCUGAGAUACGAUGCAACAGGCAGUUUCCUUCAGGUACUUGGCGAUGAACUUGGACUAAGUAAAGCAUCUGUGUCAAGAGCUGUACAAGCAGUCACCUAUGCAUUGCUUCCACCUUCUGCUGAACACAUCCAAUUUCCAGCAACAAGACAGGCCAUGUCAGACAUACAGGAGUAUUUUUUUUUAACUCAUUACCAUAUACCACAAGUCAAUGGAGUGAUUGAUGGUACUUUAAUCCCCAUCACUACACCAUCUGUGGAUGGCCAUAUAUAUGCAUGCCACAAAGGUUAUCCAGCAAUCAACCGCCAGAUGAUCUGUGAUCAUAAGUGUUUGAUCACAGACAUUGUUGCAAGGUGGCCUGGGAGCAUGCAUGACUCCAUUAUCUUUAGCAACUCAUCUGUGGGUCAAGAUGACCAAAACUCGCAGGGACAGCGGAUAUCCACUGAGGCCAUAUCUGUUGCUAAUCCUGUCAAUAACAGGGAAGCAGAUUUCAAUGAGGCUCACCGUGUUGCCCAAAGUAUUGUGAAGCACACUUUAGGGAGGUGGAAGCUAUGCUUUCGGGCUAUUCACAAGUCAAGUGGUGGUCUUCUCUUUGUGCCACAAAAGUGCUGUGCUGUAAUAACAGUAACAGCUACAUUGCACAACAUUGCGGUGUGGGCAAGAGUGCCCUUGGACAUCAGAGAGGAAGACGAAGAGCUGGAGGAAGAGAAUGAAGAUGGCAUGAGACCUCAUGAUGACCAACCAAGACAUGUUCAAUACAUGGCUGGGUUUCAUGCACGCCAGCAAGUCAUUGACACUUUUUUCCUCCUUUAA